UCUAUGGGCACGGAUGAGCUCUUGACAUUUUUCUUUGGCCGUGACGCCACAAUUUUUAUUGUGCAUACUGAUAAUUUUGUAUGAUUUUAUUGUACUUUUUAUGUUUGUAUCGUAACUCUACAAUACGUCUUGCUUACAUGGUCCAGGUCGAAGGCGAGAAGGGACGUCAAGGGUUGUCGACGACCAAAGAAGGCCGUACUUUGUUAACUAAUGUGGUCCGGAUUAACAGCAAAUUUACUUAAGUAGCCGUAACUUAUUACUUAUUGAAAUAAGUCGUUUAAAUCAAAUUGAUUUUUUGAAAACUAGUAAAAAUGAAUAAUCAAUGUGUUCAAUCCCAAAUCAGUUCAGAAAAUUUGCAUCAUAUCAAUACUAAGAGACCUCUACAACUUGAUGAAUGUUACAAUCCAUAUAAAUUUAAAUCAAGAGAAAUUGGUUAUUACCCAUAUAUUGAUAUAGUCACAUUAAUCAAAUUAGAGUUGCAAAGUAUUUUAAUGAAUUCUGAAAACAAAAAAACAAUUAUAACGGAUAUCCUACCUUAUGGAUCAAGAAUUUUAGGUCUUAAUAUUGAUAAUAGCGAUGUUGACUUAAGUAUAAUGUAUGUUUCAAAAACAUCAGUCAAAGAUGUUAUGAAAUCAUUUGCUAAUAAGCUUCGUCAAAGUCAAGUAUUCAUUAAAGUUUUUCCUUUGUUUUAUGUUAAAAUACCUAUCAUAAAAUGUAUUCAUAAAAAUACUGGUAUUUAUUGUGAUAUAUCAUUUAAUAAUAUGAGUGGAGUUCAUAACUCUCAUGUUAUCAAUUACAUUUUAAGUAUAGACCAUCGUAUUAAACCAGUUCUAAUGAAGUUAAAGAUAUGGGCUAAAAAUAUUGGGCUUAUUGAUGCUAAGGGAUUUUCUAGUUACUCGAUCUAUUGGCUUGGACUAUUUAACAUGCAAGUUAUGGGAAUAUUGCCCCCCCUUCAUGAUUUACAAAAAUCUGUUCCUGAAAUUCUAGUUAAUCAAUGGAAUUAUGCAUUUCCUAAAAAUAAACAAGAAUAUAUUAUUAACAAACAAGAAACUCUAAAUGUGAGUGACAUAUUCAAUGUUUUCUGUACAUAUUAUUUAAAUUUUGAUUUUGAUAAAUUUGUGAUAAGUCCAUAUACUGGUUGUCCUAUACUCAAAAAAGAUUUUGAAGAUGUAGAAAAACUGCCAGAAGAAUUAUGGAGGUAUAAGCAAUUUUAUAAAGAAAACAAAGAAUGCCAUGAGUUAUUAUUGUUAAAUACUAAAAAUAAUAAAAAUACAAAAUUUAAAAUAUACAUUCAAGAUCCAUUUCAACAUAAUGUAAAUAUUACAGAAAGAGUGGAACCAAAAAUAUUUAAUACAUUUAUUAAUGCUUGUGUAGAACUAAAAUCUUAA